AUGAAUUCAUUUAUAAUUUGGCCAUGCAUUCUUGGACUUUCUCUGGCUUAUACUGUAUGUUUUACAGCACAAGUAAAGAUCAUUUGUUUCUAAUUUAGCCUGAUUGGGAUUCCUUGGAUUCCCGUCCAUUACCUGCAUGGUAUGAUGCUGACAAGUUUGGAAUCUUCUGUCAUUGGGGUGUGUUCUCAGUCCCUGCAUACAAAAGUGAAUGGAUUUGGUCGUAUUGGCAUGAUAAUAAUACCGAUGUCGUCAAUUAUAUGAAUAAAAACUUCCCCGGACUCAGUUAUGCUGAUCUAGGAGCUAAAGUAAUACCAAAUUAAUCUAUGGAUUUUAGUUUCUUUAGUUUACUGCUGCUGAUUUUAACGCCGAGACUUUUGCCAGUAUCAUCAAAUCUUCUGGGGCCAAGUAGGAUUAUAUUUGAGGGUAAAAACUUUUUUUAGAUACUUUGUUAUUACCACCAAACAUCAUGAAGGAUACACCCUCUGGCCAUCUUCAACUUCAUUUAACUGGAAUUCCGUAGAUCUCGGAUCUCAUCGUGAUCUGGUUGGAGAAUUGAAAGAGGCCAUAGUCAAGGAGGACAUCCAUUUUGGAACCUAUUUCUCCCAAUUUGAUUGGUUCCAUCCAUUGUAUUUGAAUGACAAAAAUGAAGCUACCAGAAAGUACCCAGAUCAAGUCUCUUUGGUCCAGAUGAAAGAGCUCAUCAAUAAUUACAAACCUGAUGUUCUGUGGAGUGAUGGCGAUUGGGAACGAGGAGACUUCUACUGGAGUUCAAAGGAAUUCUUGGCUUGGCUUUUCACUGACAGGUAAACCCUUAAUUAUAAUGGUCGGGCUAAGAGGCCACUUUAUUUUCAGACUUGUUCGAUUUUAGCCAAGCUUUGAAAUAUUCGUUUUCUAUAAUAUAAGGCGCGUGCGUUCUACUUUUCUUCGGACUUCCUCGCAGAAAACCCGCAUUUCUUGUCUGUGGGCCCACUAGACAAGAAAUGCGCAAUUCUUGGCUGAGCAGAGAAAAAAAGAAAAAAAUCUUCACGGGGAGAGAGCAGAAAAUUGCGCAAUAUUGCGCAAUGUUACGCAAUUUUAGACAAGAAUUGCGCGUUUCUUGUCUAGCGGGCCCACAGACAAGAAAUGCGGGUUUUCUGCGAGGAAGUCCGCAGAGAAGUAGAACGCACGCGCCUUAUAUGAACGCAAAAAAUGGAAAAUUUUCACUUGGCGUACUGUAGUUCACGUCCAUUUUCAGUAUCUUUUUAAGUACGCGUCUCAUAGACAGGUGGUCUUCACCACAAUCUUUGUCGUAUUAAAGAACCGGCUUACAAACAGGUUCCAACAACUUUUCCGGAGGAUGCAAUCGCAUUUUGCAACAUGGCUGAUAUUUCGUUUCUUUUCAGCCCGGUGAAGGACACAAUUGUAGUGAAUGAUCGCUGGGGGAUCGGAGUCCCUCAACAUCAUGGAAGUUUUAUAUCUGGACCGGAUAAAUUUAUGCCAGGGCAUUUGAUCAAGAAGAAAUGGGAGAGUUGUACCACUUUGGACAGAGAGAGUUGGGGUUACAGAAGGAAUAUGAGGGUAUGCUUGAACUCUUUAUAAGAUGAUUGAAGUUAAUUUAGAGUUCGGAUGUGCUGACGACCAAAGAAGUGAUCACUUUAUUGACUCAAGUCCUUGCUUGGGGAGGGAAUCUUCUUCUGAAUAUUGGCCCUGAUCAUCUUGGAAAUAUUUCCCCAAUAUUUGAGGAUCGCCUCAGGGAUAUUGGGAGGUUUGUGAAUGCCAAUAGUGAAGCCAUCUUUGAGACCAAACCUUGGAUUUAUCAGAAUGAAUCGGAAACUAUUUGGUAAUACUAAGACAUUAAUUUUAUAUUUUUUCCUAGGUACACCAGUAAAGCGAACGACCUUCUCUCCGGAAACGAUUACUUUAAUCCUCAGAUCGAAGCAGUUACAACUGUUUAUGCAUUCCUCUUGGACUGGGAUGACACUGUUCAGUUGAAAUUAAUAAAACCCACUGAUAAUGUAAGGGAUCAUUCAACAAGGUACACUUUCAGAUAAAAGUAACUCUGCUGGGAACUAGUAUUACACUGAAAACGACUGUGAAAGGAGGGGUGUUUACUGUAUUCUUGCCGUCAGAAAAGAAGUUCCCGCAUAAAGAUGCAAUUGUGUUGAAGAUUGAGAACGCAAAAACAGAUAAAGUAAGAGGAUUUAAAUUAAAUUAAAAUUAGUUUUAGUACCUUCCGAAUGUUCAUGACCACUUUUAA